AGAAGCGUCAGUUGGCAGCUCCUGUUCAUUGUGCCAACCACUGGCAAAAUGGUACCUAUCUCUACCUAGGUAUACAACUAAAAGGCACCAUGUCCGCUUCUAGUCACAUGGCGACUCUUCUUCCUUCUUAACCCACCCUCUCUAAACGACGUCUUCUCGACCAAUUGUAGCACCCAAUUCACGAAACAGAAAUGGGAUCAUGGAUCUAUCUUCAGGCUCUUCAUUGUACAAUUUACCAGAACGAGGAUGUCAAGCACAUCUUGAGCAAACUGCGACCGACACUUGAUGGGUAUGCUUCGGCCGCGCCCCGUUUACCCAGGACAGUUGCACUUGCACCAUCCUCGACGGUCGUGAAAGGAAAAAGAAGCCACCAAUUACCAAGACCUCCUCUGCGAACCAAGCUCUUUGAGAUCGCAAACAUCACAUCCAAUGCAGUCUACUGGGUUUGCCCUCCGGUUAGAUUAUUUAGUCCUUCUUUCUGUGGAUACAGUCCGGAGUUUGACAUCCGGGAUCGGUGUGGGGCAACCGGGGCGCGGUGUAUUGAUGCCCGAACCCCUCCGGCGGUGCCCACAUGACGAACAGGUGUAUGCGCUCCAAUGGUCAGCCAUGCCAUGCGAGUACAUCAACGUUGUCAUGACCGUUCAACUGUUGUCUGGAUUCCAUCCCCCUUCACACAUUGCUCUUUGGGCACUGAAGGAAAGAUGGCGCCAAAGACACCAAUGAGAUGCCUCCGUGUGGAGGGGACUGACAUCGUUGAUGCUGAUGGAAAGCAGGUAAUUCUCAAAGGUUGUGCCACUGGCGGUCACACCAACAUGGAGAACUUCAUCACUGGCUACCCUGGUCAUGAGAAUGAGAUGAGGAAGGCAAUGCUCGAGGUUCUCGGUCAGGAGAAAUAUGACUUCUUCUUCGACAAGGUCUGCUCUGUUGCCCCUUCUUCCACUACUGGUCAUGGUCUAACACCCGUGAAGUUCCUCGAAUACUUCUUCACUCCCUCCGACGCCCGCUUUCUUGCCUCCCUUGGUCUAAACUGUAUCCGCAUCCCCAUCAAUUACCACCACUUCCUUGACGACCACAACCCGGGCAUCAUCAAGCAGGAAGGCUUCAAGCUCAUUGAUCGCAUUGUCGACGCCUGUGCAGCGGAGGGCUUAUAUACCAUCAUCGACAUGCACACCUUCCCUGGAGGCCAAAAUCAAGGCUGGCACUCUGAUGCGGGUAUUCACAAAGCUUUGUUUUGGGACUUCAAAGUCUUCCAGAACAGCAUGACGGAUCUCUGGGUCGAGAUUGCGAAGCAUUACAAAAAUAACACCUGGGUCGCUGGCUACAACCCCAUGAACGAACCCGCCGACCCUGACCACACUGCACUUCAAGCCUGGUACAAGCGAGUCGAAAAGGCUAUUCGCGAGGUUGACCCAGAUCACAUCCUGUUUCUGGACGGCAACACCUACGCCAUGGAUUUCACCGGGUUCAAGGAAGUCCUCCCCAACUGCGUGUACGCCAUACACGACUACGCCAGCUUUGGCUUCCCAGCAGGCGAGCCCUAUGUUGGAAGCCCCGAGCAGAAGGAGUCCCUGCAGAAGACAUACGAGAGGAAGGUGCAGUUCAUGAAAGAGAAAGGUGUCCCGAUUUGGAACGGCGAGUUUGGUCCCGUCUAUGCGAGCCCGGGAGACGAGAACUAUGAGAAAGUCAAUCAGCAACGUUACGACCUGCUAGGCCAGCAACUGAAAAUCUACAAGAAAGAUGAGAUCAGCUGGAGCAUUUGGCUGUACAAAGACAUUGGGUUUCAAGGCAUGGUCCACGCUUCGGCAGACUCGGCUUACAUCAAGCUGGGCCGCGACGACUCUGCCGUAAAGCACAUCUACGAGCCCGUCAUCGCUCACUUCAAGGAGGCAAUUCUUCCCGAGCAUAUCAACAAGAGAUACCCACAAGUCUGGAAGAUAGAAGGGCAUAUUCACCGAGUGUUGAGGGAGACACUCAUGAGUGAGAUUUUGUGCUGGGAGUAUGCGAGUUACUUUGAGGGCAAGACGUUGGAGGAGCUAGAUGAGCUGGCGGGGAGUUUCAAGUUGGAGAACUGUGUGAAAAGGGAGGGGUUGAAUGAGAUUUUGAGGAGGGAUGCAGAGGGGCGAACAGCGUAGAUGGGAUAUUCACCAUCAAUCCGGGUGAACCACACGAGGAGGUGCGCUGAAGAAUCCUUCCAAAAGGAAACAGCAGCUGAUACUUUUUCAUGUACAACCGGCCGGGAGUUUACCGUGAUUUGCAUAGACUACCUCGCACAAAACGCAUAUAGACAACCAAGCUCCUUUUAUAGUACGACCUGCACGAG